CCUGACGCGCUGUCCCCCCCAGUGGGGUUCCUGGUGUGCCCGGGUGCCCUGGCCACCCCCCCGUGCCAGGAGCUGUGGCGCCAGGCCCUGCGCGGGUCCCUCUUUGUCACCCUGGUGCGCGACGAGGCCAUCGCGGUGCACAAGGUCACCGAGGAGCUGCUGGGGGGGCUCAAGGGACCGCCCCCCCGGCGCAGCCGCGUGGCGGAGCUGCUGUUCCUGCUGGAGCAGCUGCGGGCUCUGGUGCGGCGGCACCUGCGGCUCCUGCGCCGCUACCACCGGCAGUACCUGGCCCGCUUCGACGCCCUCUUGCUCAGCGACGUCAUCCAGAACCUCUCGGUGUGUCCCGAGGAGGAGUCCGUGAUCCUCUCGUCCUUCGUCAGCUCCCUCUCGGCUCUCUCGGCCAAGGAAGUCGAUGACCAGGAGCAGUUUGACUUCACCGCGCUGCGCCUGGACUGGUUCCGGCCCCAGGCCUACACCAGCGUGGCCAAGGCCGCGCUGCCGCUGGCCUCCAACGGGGACGUGGGCCGCGCCAUGAGCCUGGUGGUGUUCCACACGCGCCUGCUGGACCGGCCCGAGGAGCUGCUGGACGAGACCUCCGACCUGUCCCAGCUCUGUUUCCACCCGCGGCCCCUGGAGCGGAUGUUCGCGGUGACGCUGGACGAGCCGUCCAUGCUGCGCUUCGCCAUCGCCUUCCCCCUGCUCUGCGCCCACUUCUCGCGCUGCCUGCACCCCAUGUGCCCCGAGGAGUACCCCCAGCUGGAGGCGGCGGCGCUGGGGCUGUGCCACAAGUUCCUGGAGGAGCUGGCGCGGGUGGGCAGCGGCUGCGUCCUGGACGCCUGCGCCGAGCAGCACAACCUCAGCCAGCAGCUGCUGCCCAAGCACUGUGCGGCCACCAUCAGCAGAGCCCGCGUCAAGAAAACCCCGAAGCAGCCGCCCCGCAAGGGGGACCCCCAAAGGGACAAACCGGGGACAGAGAGCCAGCGGCGCGACCGGACCCUGACCACCAACAUGGACAAGCUGCACCUGACCCUGGCCGAGCUGUCCCUGAGCCUCAACCACGUCCCCAACUUCACCGUCUUUGGGCACACGGUGACACCGGCCGAGUACCUGAGCAGCCACCUGGAGACGCGCCUGACCAGGGCCAUCGUGGCCAUGGCUGGCUACAGCCAGGCCACGCAGGAGGUGGCCCGUCCCUCGGAGGUGCUGGCCGGGCUGGGGGCCUACAUGGGGCUGGUGCAGCGGCUGGGACAGUUGGUGGCCCUGGACACGGGGCGGCUGCUGCGCGCUGUCCUGCUGCAGCAGAGCCACCCCCGCGAUGCCACCGGGCAGCCCACGCUGACCGCCAUCUACACCGACUGGUACCUGGAGGCGCUGCUGCGCCAGGCCAGCACCGGCGCCGUGCUGCUGUCCCCGGCCCUGCAGGCCUUCACCACGGUGCCCCGCGAGGAGCAGCCCCCGUUCAGCGCCGCCGAGUUCUCCGACGUCUCAGAGAUGCGGGCGCUGGCCGAGCUCAUUGGGCCCUACGGGAUGAGGUUCCUGAGCGAGAACCUGAUGUGGCACGUGGGCUCGCAGGUGACCGAGCUGAAGAAGCUGGUGGCUGAGAACAUGGACACGCUGGUGCAGCUGCGCUGCUGCAGGGCCGAGCAGAGGCCGGCGCUGCUGCCCCGCCUGAGCUCGGCCGAGAACGUCCUGAAGCGCAUGACCAUCAUCGGGGAGAUCCUGAGCUUCCGCGCCAUGGCCCCGUUUGGGGCCCAGGAGGUGUUCUCCCAGCACUGCCCCUUCCUGAUGGGCCCCAUCGAGUGCCUGGCGGACGUGGUGACCCCCGACACCGACAUCCAGGUCACCCUGAGCAUCUUCGAGCUGGCCUCGGCCGCGGGGGUCCCGUGCGAGGUGGACCCGGCGCUGGUCAGUGCCCUGGCCGGCCACAGGACAGAGGGCUCGUCCCCCGAGGAGGAUUACAAGGUGUCCUGCCUGCUCCUGGUGUUCGUGGCCGUGUCCCUGCCCCUGCUGGCCGCUGACCCCGCGUCCCUCUACAACCCCGAGCUGGACGGCCACAACAACAACCUGCACUGCCUGGCCAAGGCCAUCGUGCAGCUCUCGGCCGCGCUCUUCACCGUGCACAGCAAGAACAUCGAGACGCACCUCAAGGAGUUCCUGCUGCUGGCCUCCAGCAGUCUCCUGCAGCUGGCCCAGGAGCCGGACAAGGCGCGGGCGCGGAACCAGGACUCGAUCGUGCUGCUGCUGCACCUGGGACCCCCUCCCCAAGAAUCACCCUCUGGAGGUGCGGUGGGACGGGGGGGCUACCGGAGGGAGCGGGGGGCUCCGGGAAGGAGCGGGGGCUAG